AUUGUCGCCCCACUGGCUGCUCUGAAAAGCCAUCUUUGCAUUGUUCCUCGUCCGCCUCCUUGCUCGCCGCAGCCGCCUCCGCCGCCGCCGCGGACUCCGGCAGCUUUAUCGCCAGAGCCCCUGAACUCUCGCUUUCUCUUUAAAUCCCCUGCAUCGGAUCACCGGCGUGCCCCACCAUGUCAGACGCAGCCGUAGACACCAGCUCCGAAAUCACCACCAAGGACUUAAAGGAGAAGAAGGCAGUUGUGGAAGAGGCAGAAAAUGGAAGAGACGCCCCUGCUAACGGGAGUGCUAAUGAGGAAAACGGGGAGCAGGAGGCUGACAAUGAGGUAGAUGAAGGUGGGGAGGAAGAGGAGGAGGAGGAAGAAGGUGAUGGGGAGGAAGAGGAUGGAGAUGAAGAUGAGGAAGCUGAGUCAGCUACGGGCAAGCGGGCAGCUGAAGAUGAUGAGGAUGACGAUGUUGAUACCAAGAAGCAGAAGACCGAUGAGGAUGACUAGACAGCAAAAAAGGAAAAGUUAAACUAAAAAAAAAGGCCGCCGUGACCUAGUCACCCUCCACUUCCCGUCUCAGAAUCUCAACGCGGUCACCUUCGAGUAGAGAGGCCCGCCCGCCCGCCCGCCGUGGGCAGUGCCACCCGCAGAUGACACGCGUUCUCCACCACCCAACCCAAACCAUGAGAAUUUGCAACAGGGGAGGAAAAAAGAACCAGAACUUCCAAGGCCCUGCUUUUUUUCUUAAAAGUACUUUAAAAAGGAAAUUUGUUUGUAUUUUUAAUUUACAUUUUAUAUUUUUGUACAUAUUGUUAGGGUCAGCCAUUUUUAAUGAUCUCGGAUGACCAAACCAGCCUUCGGAGCGUUCUCUGUCCUACUUCUGACUUUACUUGUGGUGUGACCAUGUUCAUUAUAAUCUCAAAGGAGAAAAAAAACCUUGUAAAAAAAGCAAAAACGACAACAGAAAAACAAUCUUAUUCCGAGCAUUCCAGUAACUUUUUUGUGUAUGUACUUAGCUGUACUAUAAGUAGUUGGUUUGUAUGAGAUGGUUAAAAAGGCCAAAGAUAAAAGGUUUCUUUUUUUUCCUUUUUUGUCUAUGAAGUUGCUGUUUAUUUUUUUUGGCCUGUUUGAUGUAUGUGUGAAACAAUGUUGUCCAACAAUAAACAGGAAUUUUAUUUUGCUGAGUUGUUCUAACAAAAAAAAAAAAAAAAAAAAAAAAAAAAAA